AAAAAUCUAUUCUAAACGUGUUAAUUCUCACAUCAUCUAUAUAGGUCUAGUUAUGAAAAAACAUAAGAUAUUGCGUAAUAAAUGGAAAAAAAUUCGUCGCAAACUUCGAAGACAAAUCAAAGCAGUAAAACGAGAAGAAUUCCUUCAAAAACAAGAACAAGAUCGUUUAAACUCUCCAUCAUAUCAAAAAUGGCUAAAAAGUCAAGAAGAAUCUGAAGAGUUUGAACGUAGUGAAAAUGAACGGAUUGUUACUAUGCAAUAUACAAAAUGGGUUGAAAGAGAAUAUGCAGCUAUGGAAGAAUGGAAAUCGAUACAGAAGAAGUUGGACAAAAUUAAACAAGAAAAAGCUCAAAAAGAAUUAUUAAUUAAAUUAGAGUGGGAAAGAGAACAGAAGAAAAUUAAAGAAACAGAAGAAAAUAAAAAAAAAGAACAACAACAACGAGAAGAAAUAAAUGCUAAAUUUAUUGAAGAAAUUGAAAUGUAUAUCAACAAUUUGGGUCCGCUGCCCGAAUCUAUUAAUGUUAGUACAAAUACAAGACCAGACCAACCACUGUGUCCAUUUUUUUCAAAAGUUGCUGCUUGUCGCUUUCGUGACAACUGUUCAAGAAAUCAUGUUCGACCAGGCAUUAGUAAUACAUUGUUGAUUCCUGGAUUUUAUAAAAAUUUUGAAUUGAACAUGCGCUAUGAACGUGAAUUUGAUAUUGAUAUUAGUUUAGAAUGUGAUGAAAAAGAAGCAUAUGAAAAAUUUAAUGAAUUUUUUGAAGAUAUAUUAGUCGAACUUAGAAGUUAUGGACAGAUAAUUGAACUUAAUGUUUGUAGAAAUCAAGAAAUACAUCUCAUGGGCAAUGUUUAUGUCCAAUAUAGAAGUAGACGACAUUCUUUAAAAGCAUACCGAAACUUGUGUGGUCGUUUCUAUGGUGGACGCAAGAUAACUGCUGAAUUCUGUAAUAUUCCUUCAUGGUCUGAAGCCGUAUGUGGGUUAUUUUUUAGAAAAAUGUGUCCAAAAGGAAAAAAUUGUAAUUAUUUGCAUCUAUAUAAAAAUCCUGGAGGCAAAUAUCAAUCAAAACCUCAAAGAAAUCGAAAUGAAAACUCAAGUCAUAGUCAUAGAGAAAAUAAUUCUGGUAAUAGGGAACGAGAACUACAGUCUAGAACAAAUAAAGAAAAAAGGAACAAUUCUCAAAGAGAGAAAAGACCAAUGGAUAGUUUGUCUCAGAGAGAGGCAUCGAAUACGCCUCAAUGGGAUAACACUCCAGAUCGGCAAAACAAAAGUUCUGGAUCUCUUAACUGGGAUAGUGAUGAGGAUUAAAUAAUUUCAAGUGAUCUACUAAGAUAUGUAGCUAUAAAUUAUAUAUUUAGGAUUUCAAAUAUGUGACUGAAGUAUCAAUAAUCCAAUUUUUAAGUAGCAAUUUAUUAAAAUAUGAAUAAAAAUUGUUUUUUUGUGUUAUCGUAGUAAUCAUAAAUAAAUUAUAGAUAUUU